AUGAGUAGUCGAACGAGCUCGAAGAAAGCAGCGGCGGAGGCGGCGGAGGCAGCGAUACAGUCGAUAGGGUUAGGAUACGAUCUGACGGUGGACUUGAAGCUCAAGUACUGCAAGAGGCAGCAGUCAGCGGUUGGGGUUGGGGUUGACUCUCGCUUGAUCGCCAUCGACGACGACCAAGUUCGUGAAAUUGCAAUUCCAGGCGCCGGUGGGCUUUGCAUACCCAAUGUCCCCAAAUCCAUCAAAUGCGACAAAGGCGAGCGCAUGAGGUUCGGCUCUGAUGUUCUCUCCUUUCAACAGAUGUCAGAGCAAUUCAACCAGGAAUUGACUCUGUCUGGUAAAAUCCCAACUGGGCAUUUCAAUACAGCAUUUGAGUUUACAGGAGGAUGGCAGAAGGACGCUGCCAACACCAAAACACUUGCUUUUGAUGGGAUCUCCAUCACACUCUACAGCGUCGCUCUUGAAAAAUCCCAGGUUGCCUUGCGUGACCAUAUCAAACAUGCUGUCCCCUCAUCUUGGGAUCCUGCAGCACUCGCAAGAUUUAUUGACAAGUACGGUACACAUGUCAUAGUCGGGGUGAAAAUGGGCGGAAAGGAUAUGAUAUAUGCCAAGCAGCAGCACUCAUCACCUCUCCAACCUGCUGAUGUACAAAAAAAUUGA